UGGCAACGGGGCUUGGGCGGCCUGUGGGUUUGUGGGAGUCGGUUCUCGGGCUAAACCGAGGCCCAGGAGCGGGCGGUUUUAUUUACCGUGCAGGAUGCCCCGGCCGAGGUGAAUAGUUAAUGAUGAUUGUUGCUGAAUAAUUGGAGGGGGAGGGGAGGAGCAGCGGCCACGGAAGACCCUGAAGCUGGAUAUAGACACAAAGGGCUCAAUAUCAGGCAUCUCGGCAGGUUGUCCUAAUGGUAUCGUCUGUAUGAGAGACAUUCUCCUGCUGAAUCCCAACGUUUCUUCAUUCCUCAGCCCUGCAACUUCACUUCCUAACUCCGGUUGCCUGGGUUCAGUAGCCACUUGAGGUCAUGAAUUCCAUACUUCAAUAACUCUGUGGAAAUCUUUAUUUCUGAUCUAAUGACACUCUCUGGGAUAUAGCUGUGGCUCAAGUUUCAAAGAAGAAUGAGGAGAAAGAAGACUUCGAAGUCAGGGAAAGAUCUGUAUUCUUCUUGGGAAAUAAAAGUGGGGGAUGAAGUCCCAAAACCUACAUUAGCUUUGGAGUAUACUUUUGGAAGAAGAGCUAAAGGACAUAACACUCCAAAGGAUAUUGCUCACUUUUGGGAACUAGGUGGUGGAACGUCACUGUCUGAUCUUGCUCAGAUUCCAGUUACCAUCGAUAGUAUAAGGACCCUGUCUAUUGUUUUGGUUUUGGAUCUUUCAAAACCCAAUGAUCUCUGGACAAGCAUGGAGAAACUGCUGAUUGUGACAAGGAAUCAUAUAGAUAUGGCUAUAAAUGAACUGGGCAAAAAGGAUUCUAUAAAUGUAAACGACAUCAAGCAAAAGACCUGGAAAACUUUGCAGAGGAAUCACCCGGACUGGGAAUUAAUUGAUCCAUUUCCCAUUCCUCUGGUUAUAAUUGGGAGCAAGUAUGAUAUUUUUCAGGAUUUUGAGUCUGAAAAGAGAAAAGUAAUCUGCAAGACACUGCGCUUUAUAGCCCAUUACUAUGGAGCUUCACUAUUGUUUUUCAGCAAUAAAGCAGAAAGCACGAUAUCUAAGAUGCGGACUAUCCUAAACCAUUUGGCAUUCGGCACUGACAGAAGCAAAACAGUAUCUGUAGAGCACAACAAGCCACUGUUUGUCCCAGCUGGGCUGGAUUCACUGAGUCUGAUUGGGUCUCCACCAGCUGCUGAAGUUGAAUUGGGAAAGAUAAAUGCACGGAAUCCAAUUGAUCUAUGGAAGAAAGUAUAUGAGAGGCUAUUUCCAACGGAGAAUACCAGCGAAUUGAAAGAUAUUGGGGAUCCUGCUAAAGACCCACAAUAUGCUGAACCUGAAGUGGAUGCAAUGAGGACACAAAAGGAUCAGGAGCUUGAGCAAUAUAGAAGAAAUGCUUCCAAAUCUUGGAAAGAGAUGCAGUUUGACACACGGAGAUAAUUUUAUCUUAAGAAUUUGUAUGCAGCAUUUUUACAUUUUAGUUUUGAAAAUUCACAAUUUUGUAUGUUUUGAAAUGAAAUAUAUUUUGACAGUAUUUUAAUAUGCAUUUCCUAAAGGAAUGAGUAUUUUAUCUAUCACUUUAAUAUUAAUUUAUAUUCAUAUAUUUCAGUCAUUAUUUUUCUGAACUUUUGUUUCUCUCAUGUUCAAUAAUUGUGUAUUCAAUAUGACAAAUGUUUGUUUAUUUAAAGUGUAUUAAAAAGGUAGAAAUUUGUGGUUCUGUACAUUUUUGUGAAAUUCAAUAUCAAAAAUUUGUAACUAAGUGAUGAAGGAAUGUGUAUAACCAUAUCAGCAAGAAACACAAGAUUAGAACAACAUGUAAAGCUCCUGUAAGCUUAUUUCAAACUGUAAUAAAUCUUGGUGUCUAGAAA